AUGAGUUGGUCAUCUCGAGCGAAAGGCAUUUGGGAAUUGGGAGUAGAGAUAGGCUGUGGGCCGUCGUACGUGGGCUGCCAGAACCCAUCAGCAGCAAUUGCUGAGAGUAAGGUUUCAUGGGCCAGAUCUCUCACGCAGACCAAAUCAGCCGGCGGAAGAGGAAGCGAACGGGGGCGGCGGCGGCGGGCUCCUCGAAGAAGCCACCGGCGUCGCAGCCGUCGCAGCCCGCCAAGUUUGGCAUCCUCCACUUCUUCGAGCGCCAGUCCCAGGCCUCCUCCCAGAACUCCAAGUGUCAGAAGGCCGACGAGCCCCCGCAGCCUCCCGCCCCCGCCGCCGCUCAUCGAGGAGGAGCCGUCGGAGGUGUCGCCGGAGGUCACCAAGACCCUGGCGCCGAAGCGGGUCAGGUUUUCUCCUGGAAUGCUGAUUAAGCAAAGCCAGGACGAUGGGGGUGGGGAGGUUGUGACUUGGAAGAUCUCGCCGGUUAACGAUCGCCUGCGCAUGGUCACUUCGAAGCAGAUGACUGGUAUGGCGCUUCAUCCGUGCUCGAACAACGAGAAACAUUCAUCGAUCGAGUCUACAAAGAAAUGGCAUUCAUCAUUGCUGGGAAUGUCAAGAUGUACUGCUUCAGCACGCAAUUUGGAUAUGUGUGGAACUGCUCCAGGUGGCUGUGAGGGUGUGGAGGACACCCAGAGCCCAUUUCGGACUCCUCCAUCACUGUCCUAUAGGUGCAGUGAGGUGGCUUCUGAUGGAGGACCUGAGCAGUUGGGGGUAGGGCAGCACAAAAAGACACUACUUGAUCUUUUAGAUCAAGUGGAAGAUGCAAUCAUGGAAGAAGAAUUACCAGCUGAUGUUGAGAAUAAAGGACAACAACUCAUAAACGGUGAUACCAGCAAUAUUAGUUCUCCUAUUGCUAAUAGUGAUAUAAAUUUGCCCUCCCAGAAGCCCCUUGAUGCUCCACCAUUCGAUAGUUUUUUGGUGUUGGAGGUGUCAGAAAAGCGCAAAGGUGAUAACUUGCCAUGUGAUCGCUAUCCUGUUAAGGUUUUACGUCUGCUGAACGAGCACCGUGGGAAAGAGUAUGCAGUCUAUUUGUGCGAUGAGUGGUUCCAUAGCCUUAUUGGGCCAGGCGACACAGUAAGUGUCAUCGGAGAAUUCACUGACCAAGGAAUAUGCGUUGUUGAUCGUGACAAAAAUCUUGUUGUAGUGCAUCCAGAAUUACUCAUUUCUGGAACACGGGUUGCUUCUAGUUUCCAUUGUCCAAGAAGAUCUGUUCUUGAUGAUAGACUAAAAAGCAAUGAAUAUUCAACAAGUGCUUUGAUUGGUACUUUGCUGCAUCAAGUAUUCCAGGCAGGGCUACUUGAAGACAUUCCUUCACGGCAAUUCUUAGAGCAGCAAGCAAAAGAAGUUCUUUUGAAAAACAUUGAGAGUUUGUACGCAUGUGGAGCCAGUGAAAGUAACACGCUGAAAAUGCUUUUUGAAGCAAUCCCCAAAAUAUUGAACUGGUACAAGUGCUUUAUGAAGGUAUCAACAUGUACCAGUGUAGAUUUUGGUCAAACUGAAGGACAGAAGACUAUUGGAGUGGUGGAGGUAAUGGAUAUUGAGGAGAUGGCAUGGGCACCAAGAUAUGGUUUGAAAGGGAUUAUUGACGCUUCUGUUAGAACAAGGGUUUCAUGCAAUGGUAGUUCAUAUGACAGAGUAAUGCCACUGGAGUUCAAAACUGGUAAAGGAACCAGUGGUCUGACAGCUGUGGAACACAAUGCCCAAGUGAUACUGUACACACUAUUGAUGACAGAGAGAUACUUGAGCAAGGAUAUUGACUUGGGACUUCUGUAUUAUCUUCACACAGAUCAAACAUUGGGGAUCAAAGUCAAGAGGUCUAAUUUGAUUGGAUUAAUAAUGCGUCGCAACGAGCUUGCCACUGAGAUCCUGAAGGCAUCGGUUUCACAGUGUUUCCCCCCAAUGAUCCAGAGUCCAUCAACAUGUAAUGGAUGCCGACACCUGGUUUCAUGCACCAUAUAUCACAAGGUUCAUGGAGGCAAUGCUACAAGUAGUGGUCUUGGCGAUCUAUUUGACAACCUCGUGAAUCACUUGACAGUUGCACAUCAUACCUUUCUUAAACAUUGGGACAGAUUGAUUGAUCUUGAAGCUAGAGCUUCUCAGGUCAAGAAGAAGGACAUUUUCCAGCCACAUCAUUCAAAUCCUGGGAGGAGGAAUUCCGCCCCAUGUUAUUUUGUCCUUGAUAUAAAAAAUGAACAUUCAAUAGAUUCAUCAGGCAAAAGCAAAAGAUACAUAUAUACUUUCCUGCGCCAGAAGAUGCAGUCUGAAACAGCUGACCAGCCAGACGCACAGGUUGAAAGUGUAGAUUUUAGCCUCAAAUGUGGCGAUUCUGUGGUUCUCAGCACACAAUCUGGGCGGAUAGCAGUUGCAAAUGGAUACAUAAGGGAUCUCAGCCGUUCCCAUAUUACGGUCUCAUUGCCACGGCGUCUGAGACUUCCAGGAAGUAAUUCCUUGUUAGAGCAGGAAGAUCUCCAAUGUGAAUUGUGGCGGAUAGACAAAGAUGAGUCUAUUUCUUCAUUUGCUACAAUGAGGCUUAAUCUUAUCCAACUAUUUGCUCAGAAUCCACAGAACUCUCACUUAAGGAAGUUGAUUGUUGACCUUGAGGCUCCCAGAUUUGAUAGUGGAGGUCUGCUUAGCCAAGAUCCGGCAUUAUCAUAUAUACGGUCACUACCAAAUUUGAACAAUGACCAACAGAGGUCACUGCAUAAAAUUCUAGCAGCAAAAGAUUAUGCUCUUAUUCUAGGAAUGCCUGGCACAGGCAAAACAUAUACGAUGGUGCAUGCUGUGAAGUCAUUAUUGAUGAGAGGGGAAUCUAUUUUGCUAACCUCAUAUACUAAUUCAGCUAUUGAUAAUUUGCUUAUGAAGUUGAAGACUGAGGGUGUGGAUUUUCUUCGAAUUGGGAGGCAUGAAGCUGUGCAUCCUGAUAUCAAGGGCCACUGUUUGUCAACAACAGAUGCACAAUCAGUAGAUGCUAUCAAAGCAAGAAUGGAGCAAGUGCAAGUUGUUGGAGUCACUUGUUUGGGAAUAUAUCACCCUUUACUAGCGCACAAGAAGUUCGACACAUGUAUCAUGGAUGAAGCAGGCCAGAUCACAUUACCGGUUUCACUGGGACCUUUGAUGCUUGCAACAAAGUUUGUUCUAGUAGGAGACCAUUAUCAGCUUCCUCCACUCGUUCAGAGCUCUGAAGCUCGAGAGAAUGGUAUGGGCGUCAGCUUGUUUUGGAGGUUAUCAGAAGCACAUCCUCAAGCGAUUUCAGCACUGCGAUGCCAGUACCGAAUGUCAUCUGGUAUUAUGGAGCUCUCAAAUUCAUUGAUUUACGGCGAUAGGUUAUCCUGUGGUUCGUUGGAAAUUGCAAAUUCCAAGCUCAAGCUUUCUGGCAGAGAACCAGUGCACUUGAAGCUGAAAGAGAUCUUGAACCCUGAUAGGGCUGUCGUCUUUGCAAACACAGAUGAAGUACCGGCACUCGAGGCCAAGGAACAUAGAACCGUGAACAAUCCUACAGAAGCAUUCAUUGUUUCAUGGAUCACCAACGAAUUGCUAAAGAGAGGAGUAGCUCAAGAUGGGAUUGGUAUAAUCACUCCAUAUAAUGCCCAAGCAAAUAUCAUUCAGCAACAUGUAGAUGCUUUGGUUGAGGUUCAUACAAUUGACAAAUACCAGGGGAGGGAUAAAGAAUGUAUUAUAGUAUCUUUUGUACGAUCCAGUGGAAAUUCAAGGGCUAGUGGUUCGUCUUUGCUUGGUGAUUGGCACAGGAUCAAUGUUGUCUUGACACGUGCAAAGAAGAAGCUUAUCAUGGUGGGAUCCGCUGCAACCCUUUCAACGAUCCCAUUGUUGAGACUUACGGUUGAGAUGGUAGCUGCGCGUGGUGGUCAGUUAGAUCUGACAAAUAAGGAUGUGCAGUCAAUUCGAGAGCUAAAAAGCUCUCGACUGAAUGUACAAUAGGCUGUGUCACAGACGGAGUUUUGCAAGUUUUUGAGGCCAAAUCUUGGUCGGCCUUUCAAGCCGUCCCCGCGAAAAAAAAAUGUUUUUGAGGCCAAAGCUGUAUAUAUGUUGUAUGUAUAUUUUUGCUGUCGAGGUUAGUGACUGAUUGAUCGACCAUAGACAAGUCUGUCCAUGCCACCUUAGCAGUGGCGACAGCACCGGCGUUACUGCCAGCCCUGUGUAGUAAUUUGUGAAUGGGGAGAGGCAUUAGGGUUUACCCCUAGUCCGUGAAUUAUUGACAUACCUUGGUGAAACUUGUAAAUAUUGGAAACAUUGUCACUUGUUUGUAAAUUCUGUAAAGUUUGGAAAACGUAGAGGACCUCUCGGAUGGCAGAAAUUCUGUAAAGUUCGGAAAUUUAUGAU